AUGCGCGGUCCUGAAGAGUCGCGCCUCGAAGUAAUCACGCGGAAGGGGGUUUAUCCGGUCCUUCUCAGAGCACUGAUCUUCGAGUUGUGCGGAAGGCUGCUUUUCUAUGUUUUCUGCAUAACUGCAGAUCGGCAAGGCACGCAGCCUCUCAAUCCCCUUCAAACCAUGGUUCGUACGCAGACACUCGGCACGACGAUGAUCUCAGCGGUUACGUCACGUGAAUGGUGCUCAGAUGUGCGAGUUUUUGGCAAUUCUACGCGCCGCGCAUCAACUCGCUUGGGCGCUGUGCUUACGCAGACUAUUGGAUACGAGAGUCCGCGUUCGCGGGCGCGUGUCACUGCUUCGAUUACCAUAAGCGCUCAGGUUCUGUGUUCUGGCCUAUCGUAUGUAGUUAUGUGUGGGUGUUCCACAACACUCGCUUUCGGUCGCCAUUGCCGGGCUGGUCGGCGGCUCCUGUCCUUGCACACUCGUGUUCCUCUAGCUUUUAAGUUGGCUCUCUGGCCCUCGCAUUCAUCGCUCUCUGUGUCCGUCACGCCCGGGCCGGAGAACUUUGCCGUACAUGCGCACAUCACGCUCCAAGACAUCAUCUAUUCAUUUUUCCCUUUGGUGGCAAAAUAA